AUGUCUCAAAACUCCAAAUAUAGUUUUUCCCACCAGCACUCUGGUGAUUUGGUUCUCUCCCCACAAACUAUGGUAGAGAAUCUGCUACUAUCUCAGAAAGAUGAGCAAAAACAGCAGAAAAGUGGCCUGGAUCUUGUGGAAUCUGAGGCGACAUCUCUGGUCCCAUAUAAAAAAGUUACAGGACAACUGAGGAUACAUGGAAGUAGUCAUACUAAUAAAGAUUUAUGUACUAAAUCAUCAAAAUAUGCAAUGGUAUCUCAAUACUUUAAUGUGCAUUGUCCUAUGUGUGGUAGACUAAUGCCUCAGAAGUUCUACUCUGGAUUUUGUCCCAAUUUAGGAUCUCCCUUGACUACUGCAAUAGAUAGUGAGUCAAAUACAAUAUACUCAAAUAUAUCUACAAAGUCAGAUGAAAGAGUAGAAUCUAGUGAUAAAAUUAGUAACCGGGAUUCAUUACCUAACUCUGAUAUGAAUCACAGAGAUAAUAUGUUCAGUAUUGAAAGUCAGAAUUACUUCUUUUUUCUUGAAGAACUAUUCAAACAGGUAACUUUACAUAGAAAUGUUAAAUACAUAAAGAAAUCAUUUACUGAGUGUAAUGAUAACAAUAGUAAUUUAGAUACUGACUUAAAUAUAACAAAUUCAAAGUUUACUAACCCAUACUUUAAAGUGCAAGAAGUGGACUAUUCUAAUACUCAAGAUUCAUUUGGAGAUCCACAAACAAUGCAUUUCUUUACAUCUAAUUUGCCGGAAUAUCCCAAUUCAAAGUUUUCUGAAACCCCAAAUUUCAAUCUUGUUAAUUUGAAAUCAGAUCUAUUGAUGACUGGAUACUAUGGAAAAUUUUUUAAAGAAAUAAAGAAGCUAGGAAGUGGGAGUUUUGGUCAAGUCUACUUAUGCUCACAUGUCCUAGAUGACAUAACAUUGGCAUGGUAUGCUGUUAAAAAGGUUCCAGUUGGAGAUGAUAGAAAGUGGUUAUCUAGUGUAUUACGCGAAGUUAAAAUCCGCGAAUUAUUUCACCAUCCUAAUAUAGUUCAGUAUAGGCAUUCGUGGCUUGAAAUGUACAGCUCUAAUGACUAUUGUCCUAAAGUACCAUGGCUAUUUCAGCUAAUGGAAUAUUGCAACUCCGGUUCACUUGAAGAUUUUAUUCUCAAAAUGCUAACAAAUAAAGGAUAUAACUCUCAAAAAAGAAUGAAACAAAGCAGUUCCAUUUCUAAUGAUGAUUUAUCUAGAGUUGAAUAUAGUCAAGAGUUACGUUCAUCCCAAUUAGCUGUAAAGAGCAAUAUUCAAGAAAAUUCUUUAUCAUAUAGCAAUCAGACACAUAUAAAAGAUGAUCAUAUAUGGAAAAUUUUCUUUGAUGUAAUACUUGGUUUGCAGCACCUGCACCAUAGGGGUAUUCUUCAUCGUGACCUAAAGCCGUCUAACAUACUGUUACAUAUUGUCUACGAUGAAUUUUUAGCACAACCUAUUUGCCAAGCUUUAUUGUCUGACUUUGGAACUGCUCAGGUGUUACAAAGAAGGUAUUUGUAUUCUAGAAGCGAGACAAUGAAUGACGACAUCCAUGACACUAAUAGAGACAUGCCAUGUUUCCCUGAUGAUGUAUUCUUUGUAGUGGAACAUAUGCAACGUCAUGGAUAUACGGGCACUGUAGAGUAUACUGCACCAGAACUACUGAUUCAAGAUGAAAAUGGACUUUUCUGCGGCGAGUAUAAUAUAUUUAGUGAUAUUUGGUCAUUAGGGAUUACUUUAUAUGUCUUGUGCUAUAACAAUGUACCUUUCCAAGUUGAUACAUUUAAUGGAGGGGAUCCAGAAGAUCCUCAACAAUGCAGAAAAGCUGUACUCAAUGGGAUGCACAACUUAGAUUUCCCUGAAUAUCCUCUCAGAAGCUCUGACUUAAAGCUAUUAAUUAAGGCUUUAUUAAAUCCUGAGCCAGAAAAGAGGCCUAAUACUGAUGAUAUACUUCGCCAUCCUCAGAUUCAAAGCAAACUCAGAUGCUCAGACUUACUUGUUAAUGCAAGCAUUGAACUAGCAAAGAUGAUCCAAAAUAAAGGUGUAUCUACCUGGGUAGAGUAG